GGGAAAUCCAACCCACAGGACGAGAACCGCAAAUAACCGCAGUUUAUUAAAUUACGAAUCCAUAUGAACCGCCAAAUUGAUUUUUAACUUAAUAACAAACACUGCUAUAUAAGAACAGUUUCGAUGCGAUAAAACAACAGUUGCAUUUUGCUAGCCAGAAAAGUAACUACAAAAAUGAAUACCAAAUUUUUAUUUACCAAACUUGCAAUUGUGCUUAUUGCCACUACGUUUUUGUUAGUGCUGACUCCUGCGGAGGCUAAUUACAGAAAACCGCCGUUUAACGGAUCAAUUUUUGGAAAAAGAUCUGGAGGAAUUGGAAACAAUGAAUACGAUACUGCCAGUAAAACUUUGUCAGCUAUGUGUGAAAUAGCAACCGAAGCUUGUCAGUCAUGGUUCCCUUCUCAAGAAAAAUAAUUUUCCUCAUAUAAAUGACAAACUUUGUAUCAGAUUAACAGAGAAAAUAGAUGUAGAUAAUUCAUGAGACGUUGUUUCAAGUUUUCAAUCCUAAAUUAUCCCAAUUAAUUAUUAGACAGUUUUCAUUUUGACAACAACUUGUCGGAGAAGAAAUUCUUAGGAUAACCAAAGAAUUAUUCUUUGAGUCAAGGAUUGUGAUUAAUUAUCAACACAGUUUUUCAAUUGCAUUUACA